AUGCGUUGCGAGGAGAGGUACCCGGAGGGAGGUAUACACACAUACUGGGUCACGGAUCCCUCCUCUACCUCGGGUGAGAGUGAUAAGGAGAACGAGGACCCCAAUUUCUUCCAUCGCCGCUGUGACAUUGACUAUAGAGACCAGCCUUCGUCGUCAUCGUCGUCAGGCCAUCACUUUGGCAUAGAGUUGCAAGCUUUGACUACUUCCCAGCCCAAUGAUGCCACUGCCACAGCUGGCAAGGACCAAGAUGGUGAGGAGGGUGACGAUGACGAUAUAUAUGUCAAGGAUGCUGAUGGGCCCAAGGACGAGUAG